AUGGCCGUCCCAUCAAGCGACAAGGCCGCCACGACCAGCGAGGCGAAGCCCGAGCAGAAGGACGCACAGCAGCAGCAGAAAAAGUCGGCCGCGGCGCUGGAGGAAGACGACGAGUUUGAGGAUUUCCCCGUCGAAGACUGGCCAGCCGAGGAGACCGAGGCAGCGACGACGACGACGGGCGGCAACGGCACGACGAAGCACCUGUGGGAGGAGAGCUGGGACGACGAUGACACGAGCGAUGACUUUUCUGCGCAAUUGAGAGAGGAACUCAAGAAAGUCGAGGCGUCAAAGCGAAGAUGA